AUAAAAGAAGAAUUUCCUGGAGGUUAUGAAAACAUUGCAAAAAUAACAAGUUACAAAAAUUGUUAUUAGUUUAGGGUGUGACCAUUAUUUUUUUAUUAAUCCAGUAAUCGACAGAUAAUAUAGUAAUAAUUUUAUUUCCAUAAAAAUGAUAUCCUAAAUAAUAUAAACAGAUAUUAACCAAAAUCAGUAAUAAUCGAAAAAGCUAUGCCAUCACUUAGAAAGAGAGUUUCUAGUUAUUUCAGGCAACUAAGUUUCCACAAUGAACAAAGACGAAGGCACAACAUUAACGAGAACUCCUUCGUAACGAAAUAUUUACAGGGCCAUAUCACCAUAACCGACGGCCCUCCGAUCAUUUAUGGAAAAAAUCCUACCGAUUUACCCAAUUAUGAUCUAGGUGUUUAUAACAAUGGAUCGGAUACUGUUGUGGGUUGCUACACAGGACCAAACGGAGGUUUAACUACUGUUAAAAGAAUUGAAAAACAUUUGUCAGUAAUGGAUGAAGAUAUCGAUUACAUUGAUACACAUGAUGAUGAAACAGACAUACAACCUACUUUACCAAAAAAAUCUCCUAACCAAAUCAGCCCAGGACAACCGAUAGAUAAUACAACAAUGGUUAUAAAAGUUGCUGGAAAUGAAUACUGUGUUAUAAACAGACCAAAGAGACAUAGCAAAAGUCAUAGUUUAGGUAGCAUCAAGGAUUUUAAUAUAGAAAUCGAAAAAACUAAGAUCGACAAAAGUUUUUAUUCAAAUACCGUUUCCCAACCUUCGGAACGUAAAAAUAAUUUAGUAGAAAACAAUGAAACGGAUCGGAAAAAGAAUGAGGAAGUAGAUAAUAAAAAAGAUGCUCCCAAAGACACAACUCAGAAGAAAAUUUCAAAGGAAAAUGUCUCUUCUGUGAAAAGAGAUCCACGACAAACGGAGAAAAGAAAUGAAAAUUAUAAUCUUUCUAAAUCUAAAAGUGAGGGUAAUCCCUUUCGCCAUCAGAAAAGAGGAAAAGUUAUCCAAAUCGAAAGGCCAAAUACUAGGGGUGAUGAAAACGUUACGAAUAACUCUAGGCUUCAAAAUGAUGAUUUGUUGCUUCCGAAAGAAUGGAGAAGGAAAUCUGAAUAUGCUUAUGGACUUUCCGAUUCCCUUUACGACAGAAAUCAAGUCACUAAAAAUAAAAAUGGAAAUCCUAUUGCUGAUUGUUUUGGUAUAAUUGCUAGAAAAGAUUCUGCUAUUCUAGCCGUAGCAGAUGGAGUUAAUUGGGGUGAAAAGGCCAGUAUAGCAGCUAAGUCAGCAGUACAUGGUAGUUUACAUUAUUUGAAUAAAACUAUAUUUAAUGAUACAAAACCUUUCGAAAAUCUCACCAUAAAGACUGACGAGAGCUCUUUGUCAAGUGCAGUAUUGGAUGAAAAAGUAAAUCUUGUCAGUAGUACAAGAGAAGUGUUUGUAUGUCUUUUAAGAGCUUUUAAUUGUGCUCAUGAUCUCAUCUUGGAAAAUAAGGGCAUGUUGACUACUUUGACGGUGGCAGUGGUACUACCAUUGAAACAGAAAUUAGAAAGGAGAGUUAGAACACCCAAUGGAGAAAAAAUAGAAACUGAAAUUCAGUACGUGUGUUGUGUUUGUAACGUUGGUGAUACUUUGGCUUACAUUUAUUCUAGAAAAUAUGGAAUUAGAGAGCUCACCAAAGGUUCACACGAUAUAAACUGUAACAGAGAUAUGAGGGAUGCUUUAGGAGCUUUAGGUCCCGUGGACGGUAUCAAUCCAGAACUAAGCAAUCUAACACUGUCUGUUACAACUUUGCAACAAGGUGACAUCGUUAUGGUUGCUAGCGAUGGACUUACAGAUAAUUUUGAUCCAAAUGUUUGUAAAUUUGCUGUUAAUAUAAAAAGUGAUCAACAAAAUGUUCGUACCAAACAAAAAACAGAACAGCCAGAAGAACCUAAAGAAAUCAAACAAUCUUUAAAGAAGCCUGUUAGACAAAUGGAACCCGUAGGACAAAAACCUCCAAUGAAACCCCCUAGGAAAUCUAAAACGACAUAUGUAUCCAGUAGGAAUUCUAUGGAUAGAAGUACAGUUAUUAGUAACUGUUUACCCGAUAAGUCUUCAGUGAAAAAUAGUCCAAUACAGGAUAAAAACGCUUCCAUUGUUAAACAUUCCGAUAUUAGUCAUUCCAAUCAACCUAAAAAGGACGAUAAUAGUAGUAAGGAUAUAAAUACGGAAAUUAAAAAUGAUUCUCCUAAAGAAAACAGCAUAAAUGAUUCUAUGAAUAGCGAAUCCGAAUAUAAUAAUCCACUUAUAGCUGCAUUUAUGAGCCAGAAUUCAUUGGAUGGAACGCCAAAAAGUGAAAAAAGUUAUAAGCAAUCCGCAGUAGCAGAAAAUAAAGCCAGCAGUUUGAGACGUCAAGCUGCUAGUCAAACUCGUCAAGAUAUUGUGGGAUCUAAUCUGAAGCAAUCGAAAUCACCCCACGCCACCCCAUCGAAUAGAGAGAAAAAAUCCGCUGGAGAAAAAUGUAGUACAACGUCGGGAAGAGUUGAGGCAGGUUACAAAUUUUUACGAUCAAAAACCGCUAUAGAUAUCAGAAGUUCAAAUGCAAAACCUAUAGUGAGAAAUGAAGAUGGUAUACCUUACAUUACUCCAAAUCAGAGAUAUGAUCUCCAGUUAUUGUUGAUGGAAGAUAUUCUGAAAAAUGGGUUAUCGGGUAAAGAUGGUCCCUGUACAUCUGCUAAACAAUUGUGCGAAAAUCUAAUUAGUUAUACUAUUAGUAUAACAUCUGCGAAACGUCAUACACUCGAAGAUCAAGAUUUGUACUUUGAUGACAAAAAUGGUGUUUUGGUGGAAAUUACUAACCAAGAGAAAAAAUUACGUAGAAAAAAGGGUUUAGAAAAAGUACAGAAUUUACCCGGAAAAUUAGAUCACGUAACUGUUGUCGCUUAUAAUGUUGGUAUCGUACAGUAAUACCAAUAAAAGAAAUCGCCUAUUGAGGUUAAUUCACACAAUAAACGCCUAAUUUUUUUUAAUUCAAUUGAUACUACACAAUGUUUCAAAUUAAAUAGAGGGGUUCGAACGCUUUAUAAUAUUUUUUACAUUAAACUGUCCAUCAUAAAUAAUUAUUACAUUUUUACAUAUAAAAGUAUCACAUGUCAAAACGAUAUGAGAGUUCUUUCCAAACGUUGAUCAGGAUCUUUGGAGUGAUUCACUGUUGUUUGAAUCCUGUUUCAGGAGUAUUAAUCCCCGAAGGUGUAAUGAUAGAAAAAGAUCUCCUUGCGACCUAGCCAACUACCAGAUUCAGUGACGUUUACCCAACUGUGUACUUCGUUGGGUCAGUGAAUUGGCUCACCAUCAUGCUGAUCUAGUUCAUAUUUUCCUAGUAUAGCAAGAUAAGGUGCAUAAGGUCCAUAAUAAGAAGCCCAUAAACUAUUCACCGGAAUAUAGCAAAAAGAAAAUUCGUUGUAUUUGUACCAUAUCGUGAGAAUUUCCAGAUCUGAUGAAUCCUCCAAGAGUCGCUGGCUUUGAAACAAGGCUCUUCCACUAGGUCAAAUCCUCUUGUGAAAUUACACGGUGUUAGGACAGGUGACCGUGAAGGUAAUAGAAGUUUAUUUCAUUCUGUCGGUGAAUUGGCUCACCGUCUUGCUGAUCUAGUUCAUAUUUUCCUAAUAUAGCAAGAUAAGUUGCCAAACCAAUAAAAAGUAGCCCAUAAAAUAUCCAGUGGAAUAUAGCACAAAAAAUAUUCAAUUUACGGGAUUCUCGUUGUAUUUGUACCAUAACGUGAGGCUUUCCAUAUUUGAUGAAUCCUCCAGAAGUCGCUGGCUUUGAAACAAUGCUCUUCCACUAGGUCAAAUCCUCUGUCUGAAAUUAUACGGUAUUAGGACAGGUGACCGUGAAGGUAAUAGAAAAAGUGCAUUUCAUUCUGUCAUUGAAUUGGCUCAGACUUGCUGAUCUAGUCCAUCAUAUGCUAAUAUAACAUGAUAAGAAGAACUUGUUCCAGGUGUUGAAUCAAUAAAUUAAAGCCCAGAAACUAUUCACCGGUACAUAGCACGAAAAAUAUUCAAUUUAUGAGAGUCUCGUCGUAUUUGUAACAUAGUCUUUCCAGAUCUGAUGAAUCCUCCAGGAGCGCUGGCUUGGAAACAAUGCUCUUCCACUAGGUCAAAUCCUACAAUUUUCCUAUGUGUGGUAAUGAGCUUGACAAUUACAGAAGACGUGGUACAAUAGUAGCUUCCUCUAUUCCACCGAACCAGAACUGCGGAUUGGUGGACCUGUCCUGUCUGUGUUUUAUCUGCGAAAACAGGCUUCCACGUGUUCUGGGGUCUUACUAGUAUUUCCGCCACACAUUGUGAGGGUUCGUCUCAACUAUGAACGUUUUGGUUAGGUCUGCAACUUGCGUCAUGCCUCUUUGUUUUUACCUAGAGCUUAAGAUGUUCCUUAAUAUGUAAGGGAUUUCCAUUGCAGCUUGGGGUUUGCAAACAAAAAAUUAUCUUCUCUUUUAUUCAUCGAAAACAUUGUGUGAACAAACUUAUUGGUGCCAUUUAUAACUAUAAAUGUAAUAAAUACAGUACCCUGCUAUUAAUUUUACAACAUGCGGUGUAAUAACAACGAAUUGUCGUUUAAAUAAAGGUUUGGAUAAAAUAAGGAAGGUCCAAUUGACUAUCGAUUGUUUUAUGAAUUAGGCAUCUGAAAAAUAAUUUCUCUAGAAUAUGGAAUAUUGAAAAUAGAGGCCCGGUACAGUGCAAUUGAUGUUUUGUUUAAUUUUUGUUACCUUUUCGAAAUUUUUUGUUAUGAAAUAUUUACAUAAUUUGUAAUUUAACAUGCCGAAUAUAAAAAAAAUAUACAUUUUUAACAAAA